UUCCUGCGCAGAUGCUGGGGCUGUAGGCGCCGCGCGGCCGGCUGGUUGCGGCUCGCAGGGAAGACGCCGGCGCUCGCCUUCCCUCCGCUGCCUCCGCCGCUGCCAUGAUUCCGGUAUCGCUGGUGGUGGUGGUGGUGGGCGGCUGGACUGCCGUCUACCUGACCGACUUGGUGUUGAAGUCAUCUGUGUAUUUUAAGCAUUCUUAUGAAGACUGGCUGGAAAACAACGGAUUGAGCAUCUCCCCUUUUCACAUAAGAUGGCAGACUGCUGUUUUCAAUCGUGCCUUUUACAGUUGGGGACGGCGGAAAGCAAGGAUGCUUUACCAGUGGUUCAAUUUUGGAAUGGUGUUUGGUGUAAUUGCCAUGUUCAGCUCUUUUUUUCUUCUGGGGAAAACACUGAUGCAGACUUUAGGCCAAAUGAUGGCUGACUCUCCCUCUUCUUAUUCUCCCUCCUCUUCUUCCUCUUCUUCCUCUUCUUCCUCCUCUUCCUCCUCUUCCUCUUCUUCCUCCUCCUCUUCAUCCUCUUCCUCUUCCUCACUUCACAAUGAACAAGUGCUACAAGUUGUGGUUCCUGGCAUAAAUUUACCCGUCAACCAACUGACCUAUUUCUUCGCUGCAGUCCUCAUUAGUGGUGUUGUACAUGAAAUUGGACAUGGGAUAGCAGCUAUUAGGGAACAAGUUCGAUUUAAUGGCUUUGGGAUUUUUCUCUUCAUUAUUUAUCCUGGAGCAUUUGUUGAUCUGUUCACCACUCAUUUGCAACUUAUAUCACCAGUCCAGCAGCUAAGGAUAUUUUGUGCAGGUAUCUGGCAUAAUUUCGUCCUUGCACUCCUGGGUAUUUUAGCUCUUGUUCUCCUUCCUGUAAUUCUCUUGCCGUUUUACUACACUGGAGUCGGGGUGCUUAUCACUGAAGUUGCUGAGGACUCACCUGCCGUUGGACCCAGAGGCCUUUUUGUGGGAGACCUUGUCACCCAUCUACAGGAUUGUCCUGUUACAAAUGUACAAGAUUGGAAUGAAUGUCUAGAUACCAUCGCCUAUGAGCCCCAAAUUGGUUACUGUAUAAGUGCAUCAACUUUACAGCAGUUAAGCUUUCCAGUUAGAGCGUACAAACGGCUAGACGGUUCGACUGAAUGCUGUAACAAUCACAGCCUUACAGAUGUGUGCUUUUCCUAUAGAAAUAAUUUUAAUAAGCGUUUGCAUACAUGUCUACCUGCCCGGAAAGCAGUGGAAGCCACCCAAGUUUGUAGAACCAAUAAAGAUUGUAAAAAAAGCUCAAGUUCAAGUUUCUGUAUAAUACCUUCUUUGGAAACUCAUACUCGCUUAAUAAAAGUGAAACACCCACCUCAAAUCGAUAUGUUGUAUGUAGGACAUCCACUGCACCUUCACUACACAGUGAGCAUCACCAGUUUUAUCCCACGUUUCAACUUUCUAAGCAUAGAUCUGCCUGUGGUUGUGGAGACAUUUGUCAAGUACCUUAUUUCCCUCUCGGGAGCUCUGGCUAUUGUUAAUGCAGUGCCCUGCUUUGCUUUGGAUGGACAAUGGAUUUUAAACUCUUUCCUAGAUGCUACUCUUACCUCAGUGAUUGGAGACAAUGAUGUCAAAGAUCUGAUAGGAUUUUUCAUCUUGCUUGGUGGCAGUAUACUUUUGGCUGCCAAUGUGACCCUGGGACUCUGGAUGGUUACAGCACGCCAACAACUUUAAGUUCUUUAUCCAGAGUAUCCAAACUCUGGGAUGGGGGAUAAACAGAAGAAAUGAAAAGCAUAGUCCCUGAUUACGUUCUAGUUUUAAAGACUGAACCUACAACCGUCAGAUGCUUGUGGAACAAUUUCUAAACAAGUGCAAAUUCAUAGUAAACCAUUUUUGUGUGGCUACGUAUCAUGUUGAAAUAAUGUAAAGGAAAACAGAAUUGGGUAGGAUUAAUUGGGAAAAACUUCUUGAAAAAGCAUCAUUAAUCCAGAUUUGAAGGAGACCAGACUUUGGCCAAGUGGAAAGGUGAGCAUUUUCUUGGUCUAUAUCUCUUGUCCCUUGUCUUGUUUGAAAAGUAUUUUUAAAUUAAAUUGUGUAUUAUUUUGUACUCUGACAACUGAGGUCUGAUUACAAUUAAAUUAAUAAAAUUCUGUGAAAGAAUCUGCUGACAUGAAAGGGAAAAUCUUUGUCAAAUGACGCCAAAUAAAUGAACAAAGAGGAAGUAGGGUCUAUAAUAGGAUGAGACAUGUUUUGCCCCACAAGAGUUGCCUCUUUGAUAAUAUGUCCCUAUACUCUCAUAAAGCAACAUUACCCUUGACAUUCAGAGUGAGCCGCAGAAGUAUCUCCCACCUGCAGUAUGUGAGCUGAGACAUUUAGGGGUGAACCUCAGAACUGAGCCAGGUGGGUCUUGCGGCAGGUCACAAGACAGAUGACAGGACCUUCUGCAGUCCUGGUUACUGUUCUCUACAGAGCUUCAAAGCUUGGAAUCCUUCCGGGGUAGAUAUUUUCUCUUGUGCUGCUGGAGCUAUCUGGGGCCUAGCUCCUAGGUCCCUGUCUUCAAGAAGCAAUUACCUUAAGCCCUGGACCAUACUCUGUCCCCACCAGUGGCUCCGAUGUUUCUCUGUGUGGGGUAAUUAAAUAUGUAGUCCUUGCUUUCCAUCUUUCCCCUAAGCUACCUCUGUGGGUCCACGAAAAAAGACUUGGUAGUAGAGUGAGUAUGGCUGCAUGUGAGUACAAAUGUGGAUUUGCCAGUGCCCGGGAACUGACUCUUGAGCCCGAAAGAGCCUUGCCUAGUUUGAGAUCUUUUGGACUGGAGAUGCAGCCCUGGAAGAUCUGGGAAGUCAAUAGGCCAGUGUGAAGCUUUUGGUAUUAGAAGUAUAUGAGCAAGCUGUUUCUUUGAUGAAAAAUAUUUACUUCUCUCAUAUACUCAAGAACAUGAGUAGUCACGUAUCCAACUUUUUCACUAAUUGAGGUAUUCGUGGGGUUCACCUCUUUCAGAUCACUGAGUUGCUUUUUAGGCACUAAAACUUUUUAACCAUUUUUAAGGAAACUUUAGAUUGUAUUAUAAAUCUGCCUGCCUUCUUAAACAGAAAUUAUAUAUUGAAUAUAAUUUUAACAUUUUUUAAUGACUCAAGGUCAUCAGUUAUUACCAGUACUUAAAACUGUACAAAUUAUUGGUUUAUCCUAGGAAGAAGGCAUUUGUUCUAUUUUUAGGCAGACAGUCUUUCAGGAUUAAAGUAUAUUAGCAGAGUAAUACGCAGACCUGUUCAGGUAGUAAAGUUUGGGGAAUACCGUGAAAUACUUACAUAAUUAAUUCGAUUACAUGAACUAAGCAGUU